AUGCAUUUACAUUCUAUCCGCCGUGUGGUUUGGUGUUGAAGUUUAAAUAAAGGCAGUGAAAAAGCAUCCCGAAAUGGUUAGAUUAAGCGAUUUAACGAUCCUUAGUGCUUGCUUUAAUAAUUUCAGUUUAAACAAAUAAGAAAUUUUAAUAAUUUAUAAUUUCAGUUUGUAACGUGUAUCCUACAGAUAAAGAGUCAGAGUGCAAUAUCGUACGCAAGGUGGUAGAAAAUCGUAUUAAAAUGUGUUGGGACUUUAUACGUAAUAACUUUUAUACGUUAUUUCCCACGAGGAUAUAAAGCUACCAAAGGAUAAGGAGAAACAUGAGCUAAUCCGGAAAGUUUAGUAACAAUGAGUGCGCUUGCCAGUGGUGGUGGGGUUUAUUAUUCUUUCCAAUUCAUAUUGCUUUUUAAUUGUGAUAGGUAGUAGUCGAUAUCGCAGUGGCUCCGCGGUGGCCGCAGAUGCCACGAGUGCUGUUUCGCUUGAAUUCAUUUCGCUCCGGUAAGCGACGUGGAAAUCGUUGAAAAGUGUGAAUUUACGUACAAGUCACGCAAAACGAGGAAAUCUUAAGAAAGAUUAUUUAUUGUUGUACACAAGAUUGGGUUUACGUAUUAUGGAAAAACGUAUUCUGGUUGAAUUAAGUAUAGAUUAGAUAUUAGAAGUUGUCCAUUGAAUAGUAUACUCAUAAUGUGUAACAAGGAUUGAAGAUAUACGAUAUUAAGGAAGAGAAUACAUCUAUGUGCUACAAUCGUAGUUACUCCUGGUAUAAAUAGUUGUCGAAAUGUUCUUUCGAAGAUCACUGUUAAUAUCUGAUUUGUAGACUCAAGCUGUAUAAUAUUCAACAAUAAUAUCUUUAAAACAAAAACAAACAUAAAAGAAGAAAACCACUAAUGCAUCAACAGCUCUCACCAAAUUCCAUAUAAGUGUCAAAACCUACAUCUUUAAUUUUUUAAACAAAACAUGUCUGGAACCGACAUUAACUUCUUCUCAAAAUUUCUGACUUAAUAAAAUUAAAAAUGAGAACUUAGGCUGUUUACAAUAAGCAGCUGACAUGCUGAUAAGCAGCUGAGAAUAUUGACACAACGUGGCAAAUCAAUCAGCUCAUAAUGAAACUUUGGACCAAUGUUGCAAUAAUGAUUUUAAAAAAUGUUCAGUGGUAUGGUAUAACGAUGACGUUAACUAAAUAGUAUCAAGUGGCAAUUCCUGUAUAACAUAUGUGAAACGAAAUUAUAAAUUUAACGAUUCCACUGCCUUGUAUAUACAUAUGUAGAUUUAAUAACCUUCUGUCCAUGACACGUUUUCGUCCUCAUUGACUCCAACAAGGAUAAGAUAGAAGUCAUUAGUGCCGCCAUCGUUCACUAGUACAUCAGUUCGAAUAUAAUUGUGAUCAUGCAGGAUCGCGAUAACAAAAUGUGCUUCGUACUGAUCUACAAGUGCAUACGUAUACUGAACGAGAAUGAGCCAUGCUGAGUUCCGGCAAUCAGACUCCUGGGGAAACAGUAGGAUACGUCAUAGAAAAUACGGGAGCGCAUCCCUCGCUAACGGGAGUGGUGAAAUGGUGGGUUCAGGAAGCGAGGAAGUCUUCGGCCGGAACCUUCAGGAUAUCACGACGGAACUUGACAUUGACUCUGAUGAUGAGAACAUCGAUGAGGACACCCGUCGACUGAUACCAUCUGUAGAGUCAAAUGCUUCCAUUCAAGGCAUCAAUAACAAUAGCAAAAAAAUCAUCGAUCAGAAUCAAACGGAAGACAAGCGAGAUGAGAAUGUCUGGUCUAUUACCAUACAAAUGUUUAUACCGUUUUUAUUGGCUGGUUUUGGAAUGGUCGCAGCCAGCCUGUUGCUUGAUGUUGUACAGCAUUGGUCAGUGUAUCGAGUGGUAUCUGAAGUAUACAUUUUGGUACCAGCUUUAUUGGGCUUAAAGGGCAAUCUGGAAAUGACCUUGGCCUCUAGGCUGUCGACACAAGCCAAUCUGGGUCAUAUGGAUACAAAGAAUCAGCAAUGGACACUCAUCGUAGGAAAUCUUGCACUGAUCCAAUGUCAGGCCAUGGUUGUGGGAAUGCUGGCUUCUCUGGCUGCUGUUAUCCUUGGCUGGGUACCAGAAGCCCACUUUGACAUCCAUCACGGACUUCUUUUGUGUGCCAGUGCACUACUCACAGCUUCCGUUGCUAGUUUCUUGCUCGGCCUUGUUAUGGUUGCCGUUAUUUUGCUCUCGAGGCGGAUGAACAUUAAUCCUGACAACGUAGCUACCCCUAUCGCAGCAUCCCUUGGUGAUCUGACGACGCUGGCUCUACUCUCCUGGAUCGCGUCUCUUCUCUAUAACGCCAUAGACCACUCGCCAUGGAUAUCCCCGAUGAUUAUAAUUUUUUGCGUUUUGGCUACGCCAUUUUGGGGUUACAUUGCCGCUAGAAAUCCAUUUACCAAGGAAGUACUUGAUUACGGUUGGACGCCUGUGAUAUCGGCAAUGCUAAUUAGCAGUAUCGGUGGGUUGAUACUUGAUUAUACUAUAUCAAGUUACAAAGGUAUAGCAGUCUUUCAAUUAGUCAUUAAUGGCGUUGGUGGAAAUCUUGUUGCUGUACAGGCCAGUCGAAUUUCUACGUCGUUGCAUAAAGAACGACGACUUGGGUUCGAGGAAUCUCCUACCAUUUGCAUCAGUCCUUUCCAUGCAUUUUUAGCGCCAGGCGGACACUCAAGGACUGCAAGAGUACUUCUGUUGAUGGUGAUUCCUGGUCACCUAAUCUUCAACUAUACAAUCAGUUAUUUACAAGCCGGCCACACGUCGUUCACGCCAAUAUUUAUUACGAUUUAUUUGACCGCUGCACUUUUGCAGGUCGUGUUGUUGCUGUACAUUGCUCAGUUAAUGGUAGUGUGGAUGUGGAGUCGCGGAAUGGAUCCGGAUAGUUCAGCAAUUCCUUAUUUGACAGCUGCAGGUGAUCUAUUAGGUACCGCUCUUCUUGGAAUUGCUUUCCACAUACUUUACGCCAUUGGUGAUGGUGACUCUGAUGUGGGAGACUAAAUCCCUGACAUUAGUAUCUUAUUGACAUCGAAACGUUAGAAUAACAAAAUGAGAAUGUCCGAUGAGCGUCUAUUUUAUUACCAAUAUUAGAAAUUCGUAGAAGAAACUGGCGCCUGUUUAUGAAAAUUGGAAAUUCAAAUGAAAGUUUCAUGACUGUGCUCAUUGAAUUAAAAACUGUAGUGUGCCAUUCGCAAACUGACCUGUAUGUGACAUUGUGUCCAAUUAUCAAAAGUGUGUAGUACUGUGAAUCAAAAUUGUGCAUUACAAAGAUAAGAGUAAUCCAUUAACUUUCAUGGACUAUACUACGAGUGGGGGAUGGGAGGGAAAGUAUAGACAUUUUUUUACAUUUGGUUCUCAAUCUCUAAGAGAAUCUGUGGCCUUUGAACGUGAAGUUCUGGUUCCGUUACUACACGGUACCUCAAAAGCUAGUGUAAAUACGUUAACUCAAAUUUGGGAACAAUUUAGCUUCUAUAUUGAAUUAAUCGAAUGUUCAGUCAUAUUGUUUUUCUUGUUGAUUCUGUGUUACUGGAUGGCGGCAGCUAGUUUGAUUGCAUCGCCUGAAUCCAUGCAUUUGGAAAGAAUUGUUGAAUAUAUUUAUAUAAUAUUACCCUUAAUUAUUGACAACGUCAAUUAUCAUAGUUCAAUACGAAACGGAUGCUAUGUCUUUUUCUUCGUCUUGUUUCUUUUUGGCUUAUGCUCUCUUAGAGAGUCAACUGGCAGGUGGAUACUAUGUCACAAGUGUACGUAUUUGCCAUCAUGUCAUUAUAUAUUUGGCUGUUUGUACAGUAGAAGAAAUUUUUAAAAAAUUAUAAAAGGGAAUUGUAUAAUCUUCGCAAGCACAUAUAAAGAAAUAGACAUUCGAAUGAUUCAUUUGAUAUGCUUGAAAAUUAAUAAUCAAUCACUCUAGUAUUACUAUAAAUAUUUUUUUACACUGUAUGCUAUUUAAAUGUUGUCCUAUCCUGUGCUGUCUCUCUACUUAAAUUUAUAUGGCGCGGAUGCUUAAGCAUUCCGAAUUGACUAUGCCACUGAAUGGAAGCUCGAAACUACAUUUAAAGCAAUCCCACUAUUUAUGUUAAGUUUUAAUCCUUUACUGCUUUCAAACAUUUACUGUGUUUCGCACAUUCGUCGGGUCUCUCAGACCCAACAGUAGGAAACAAGGGUUAAAUUGAUGCAGGAUAAUUUUCAAAAUUCAAUACAGUUUAUAUAUAACGUCAACAUAUAAUAUAUAAUUUAUUAUACUUUUAACUCUGAAUAAUUUAGUAAGAAGCUGUUGCAGGUAUUUCUAAUUAAUUAGUUAGGUAAAGUUAAAAAGUAACUGGCAAAUAAUUAAAAUAGUUUCAGUUCGAUAUUAAAAUAAAAAUCCUUUUCUUAAGAGGAAUCUGUUCGACAGAAAUGAAAAUAUUUACCUGAAAUCUUUAAGGUUCUUAAAAAGCUUUACGAACUCAAUGAUUUUAUAAAAUAAUUAACUUUAAUUACUAACAAAACUAUACGAUAGUUCAUUAGCAAUUGUAAAAAUCUGCUCCGUUUCGUUUUGAGACUUGGGUCGUUUGUAAGCGAUGACUUUAAGUUGAUUAACAGACUAUCAUGCCAGUAUAUAAUUAUGCCAUUACCUAGUUAUACUUUAAUCUUAAGUAACAAUGCACACGUUUAUAUGUCCUCGGUCCUCAUGUGAUCCUUAAAAAAUGAUUUUAAAAAUCACUAAGAAACGAUAACACCGAGCGAUAUAUGUAUAUAUUUUCAAAAAGAACCUUGUCCUGAUUGUAUAUACCAUGUGAAUACAUUACAGUAAACUUA